CGUAAAACGCUUCGGAGAGAGACAGCCAGCUUCGGGGGGCAGCGCGCGUUCCGUGUCGCCCAUUGUUAUCCUCGUCCGCGUGUAAUGGCCACCGCGUACGUUUGUUGACUCGCCGUAACGUUCGCCAUCUCGCGUUCCCGGCCUACCCUGUGCCCACGGUGACGAAUCUUCUCGCGCAGAGUUGUGCCCGGCCGCGAGGAUCCGCGUCGGCAAGUUUUAUGCCGCCGCCGUCGAGGCGGGCAGAGAGCGAGCGAGAGAGAGAGAGAGAGCGCGAGCGACGGAGGGAGUGAGCGAGCGAGAGAGAGAGAGAGAGAGAGAGGAGACCACGUACGCGACGAGGAACGGUCCGCGCGCUUCGCACCUACUACAGCCGCCGCCAACCGCCACCGCGCCGCUCUCCACGCACCCGACCAUGAUUUGCGCGGGCGAACGCUGCCCGUUGACAAGCGUGUGACUCCGCGAACGUGACUGUUGGCGCGCACUCGGAGCCACCUUGGAGCGCGCGUGCCGGCCCCACGAGAGAGGAACGAGAGAGAGAGAAAGAGAGGCGAGGGCGCGAAAAAGCAGCGCGCUCCGCCGUCGCAAUUUCGAGUAGCGCGCGGGGCCCGCCAACGCCGCCGGGAUUCAGCACCGGGAGGUAGCCCAGCGAGGAGAAGCGCGCUCUCGUCGAGAUCGAACGCCAUUGAUCUCGCCCGCGAGAAAGAGAGGCACCACGGCCCCAAACGACCGUGCUCCAGCUACUGAGAGAGAGCGUCGCGCGCUCGUCCACGGCACGAGGAGAACACGUUCCUCCUCCUGCCGCUCCUCGCCUCGAUUCUCCGCCGCCGCCGCCUCUUCCUCCUCUCCUCUCCUCCUCUUCCUCUUCCUUCUUUCCUAUCGUUCCUUCUUCGUCGCGGAUGCUGGACAAGGCGCGCGCGCGCGCCAACGUAUGCCGACGGUGAGGUCCAGAUUCGCCGCCGUGUGUGAUCUCCAGCCACGAAGCGGGACAUCAUCGUCGCGGACGACGCUCGGUCGCGCGCUGAGCUGCUGCGCGGCAGUUCGCGCCGCCGUCAUGGCAACUAAAGGAUUAUCGGCCGCUCGGCAGCCGGACGUGUAACCCCGCUGCGUGCACAACCAUCACGUGGUCAAAGGCAACACAUCAAUGGCCCUAGAAUCAAAUGGCAACAACGUGGUCUGGUUGAACACAACCCGUCCUGAUCAAAUACAGCAGAGUCAACCGAUUGAGCAGCCAUUGAAGUGUUCCAUGUUUACUCAAACGGAGCAAUCUAAUAGUUUUACUCAGACAGAGCAAAGCAAUUCGAGUUACGCAGACCAACGACAGCAGCAAGCAGCAAUGUUUGACCCUCAGCAAAUCCAGCAGCAGCAGGCUGCGCAGAGUCAGCAGUCGCAGCAGCAACAGUCGCAGCAGAUAUAUGUGACGUCAGACAAGAAGGAGGACAAGUCUCAGCAGCAGCAGUCCGGCACCGCUGACGGUUUCCCUUCUUUCUACUACAACGUCAACAUGCUACAAAAGGUUCAGACAAACGCGGUGAGCACAAUCAGUGCGAUCGCUGCCGACGACAAGGCUUGUUAUCGUUUCGAUGUGCAACCUGUCGGUUAUAACACAAUAUUGAACCAGAUGAGCAUUGCCGCUGCUACCAAUGCGACCUUCAAGUGUGACAUUUGCGGGCUAGUCUUCGGCCACAUGAGUCUGCUGACCCACCACAAACGGAUUCACAACACGACGCCCAGCAAUCUACAGCAGCCGCAGCAGCAGGUUGUGGUACAAACGCCGACAACAGUGACUGUCGCAACCACGCCGGACAGACCGUACACUUGUGACGUUUGUGGGGCGUGCUUUGCAUUACCGGGAGAAUUAAAAAGUCAUAAAACAAACAUGCAUCAGAAACCUAAGGUGCAAAUUUGUGAAGAUUGUGGCAGUGAGGACCCGUGCGAACAUCACCCGACUAAAAUUAAAAAGACUAUCAAACCUGGUCAUCAUCCGGUGAAACGGAGGGGUGUUACCAGUGUCACCAAGUGUCACAAGUGCAACGGCACGGGAAUUAUUUUUAUAGGUAAACACGACGAUAAAAAUUCCGGAAUCAAUUCCCUCGCAAAGUGUGGCGGUUGCAAGGCUACAGGCCGCAUCAUCAUAGGAAGCGGCAAGCAAAACAGUCAGAAUCAGGCGGAGAAACCAUUUCAUUGUAACGUCUGUGAUGGCACAUUUUCUCGAUAUUCUUCACUCUGGUCCCAUAAGAGACUUCAUACGGGAGAUAAGCCAUUCAAAUGCGAAGUAUGUGGCUUAGCAUUUGCUAAGGCCGCCUACCUGAAGAAUCACGGACGGGUUCAUACCGGCGAGAAGCCGUUCAAGUGUAAUGUCUGCGGAAUGCAAUUCUCGCAGAGUCCGCACUUAAAAAAUCACGAGAGAAUCCAUUCCGGCGAGCGACCGUACCAGUGCGAGGUUUGCGAAAAAACGUUCGCCAGACAUUCGACGCUGUGGAAUCACAGAAGAAUUCACACCGGCGAGAAGCCGUACAGGUGUAAUAUCUGUGGUUCCGCCUUCAACCAAGCCACUCAUCUCAAAAACCACGCGAAGGUCCAUACCGGUGAAAAGCCACACAGGUGUGAUAUAUGCGAGAUUGGUUUCUCCGAUCGUUUCGCGUUGAAACGCCACCGUGCGAUCCACGAGAAGUACGGUCAAACGGCGCGUAACCAGAAUGCGAAUAACGCGGCUAACGCACAACAGGCCAACGCGAGUAGUCAGCAGCAGCAGCAGCAACAACAACAACAGCCGCAGCAGACGCAGCCAGGCCAGGUCGUGGUAGUGAAUGCGACCACUCCCGUCACCGUCAGCCAAGGGCAGGGUCAAGCAGUGAUGCUCGAAGAGGUCUACAAGUGUCAGGUGGCCUUCCCAGAGCCUAAAUGAUUCAGCUAGAGAAUACUUUUCAGGAGCUGGUAAAGAGGUUAACUUUUUUAACCCUUUUCUAAACAAAUAUUAAUCACUCGAGAAGAGCGAAAAAAACAACACACACGUAUGAAUGUAUAACACAGUUCGAUACGAACUGUAUCUGUGAAGAGAGAGUGUGUCCGAAGUGACCGAGUGGCGCAUCUCUUCCUUUUCUUUUUUUAUUUUUAUUUUUUUUUUUCCUUUUCGUGUGCGACGACUCCGGUUUCUGUGGAAGAAUAUAUGACGACUGCUUGGUAAAUAACUUCGAUUUAGAUGGAUAAAGAUUGGAAUGGAUGAGGAUGACAAUGAGAAAAACUAGACUCUGCGACGACGCGUUACGCGAGUGAGAAAUUUCGUGGAAUGUGUGUGUGUGUGUCCCCGGAAGAGUUCGGCUCGUAAGAUAAUCGGAAGCCUCCCAACCGCCAAGAUCAACGAAAAUUCUCUUGUGAGAAAUAAUAGAGAAAUGUAUCUACUUUAUAUAUUUUGCCAUUUCGCGCGAACAGUGUAAAGAGGUAAUUGGAUCGUAUCGCGGCAAGUUUCGCAUAUACUAGUUAACGAGUUAACCAGUUAAGUUUCAGUAUGUGAUACAUACGCUGAAACUUGCAAUACGUUAACCAGUAUAUACAGGACAUGCAAUCUUCGCUCUUUCUUACUUACAUGUAAUCAUCGGUUUGUUCGUGUAAAUGAGAUAGCUGGACAUCUUGACUGAGUAUCACGACGUAUCGCGACACGACAGUGUGCAAUAGCUGCAGCAAAUUUUACUAUUAGACCGACGAAGUGUACUUCCUACCGAUUGUAAUAACGACGGAUUGCGACGGCGUUUCGAGUACAAGUGAAGUAUCGAAUAUUUCUACGACAACUCUGAGAUAUACGUGGCACAUUUCCAUUCGUAAAAGAAAGAAAGAAAGAGAAUUGAAAAACGGAAGAAACGACUGUUCGUACAUUACCCGAACCUCGGCCCUUCUCGAUAUCACAGUGGGAAUAAGCCUUGAAAACUUUUUCUCGUUAGAAUCUUCGUUUGAUUUCGUUCGUAUAAUCCGACCUUAUCCGACAAGUGGACGCGACUGUGAAUACGGAUAGUCGACGAAGAACGGAGAAUUUCGAAUAGCGCCUUGGGGGAAAGCGUGGAGCGGGAACGAUCAGUGCGAGCCCUCUUCCGUCCAGUCAUUCGGGAACAGAAAAGCGUUGCAUUACUGAGAUGACGACAGCGACCGCGAUAACGACAGCACGAGUACAGUGCAAAGGUAUUUUUUAAGUAUCGAGAUACCUAGAACUCGCUGAAGCUGCAAUAAUAAUGACGAAUAUCGUUGGGCAGACUAAUCCGUUUUAUAAUUUUAAGACCGCGAGCUAUAUAAAUAUAUCAAUUAAAGGAUAGUUGAUAGUUUAUAACGACAAGUAGUCGGCUAGAUAUUAUCUAUACACACAUAUAAAUGUAGAUAUACGUGUGUGUAUGUAUAUGUACACCCACACAAAUGUAUACAUACACACGCACACACGUAUAACACACAUACAUUAAUUUUUAUAUCCCCACUUGUUAAAGCGAUCGCGCACCAUCGCUACUUUUAAGUAUCAAACAACAACAAAGCAAAUAAUUUGUAUAUUAACGGCUCCAUACAUCCACGAUCGGUGGCUUAUAUCGUGCGGUAAAGCCAGGAUGUAUCAAGAUAUAUCUGGCGCAUUGCUUUCGAAACUAUUAUUUGGAUACCCUUUCGAGCACCAAUAGAGAGCUAGAUUUUGCGCAAACCGUUUCGGUUUUUUGAAUCCGCAAACAUUUCCUUUUAUCGUUAUUUAAUUAUUUUCGCGUACUUUAGUAGCAAACUUCUUAACGAGCCAAUUAUCGUGUAAAACACACCGUGUCUGUUUCUCGGUACAAUUUUUUUCCUUUUUUUGGUAUAAUUUUAGAAAAAGUUUUACUUUCAAUUGCGUGAGAGCCGGACGAAGACGCGACUCGAGGGUGUACACUGGACAGUUCUUUUUAUACGUGAGACAUAGAUUUAUCAUACGUGUUCGCGCCGGGAGUAUUACGAGGUACGCAAUUAUACUCGUCAUUAUACGACACCACAGUCAAUUCUACGCGAUCGCGUCGGUGAACUUCGCCCGAAAGUCUUACACGGAAUCCGAAAUUGGGGAUUUCUUUGUUUUACUAAUCCAACAUGUAAAAUAAAGGUACACAAUCAUAUAAUUUUACUUUUAUAUGAUCAUAAUACCUGUUACAGUAUUUUCAA